UGAGAACUUGGACGGUCUGUCCAAAGUUUCCCCCUUCACGUGUUACGCGAAUUUUGAAUGGAUUUUACCAUAGGUAACAUACACCCCCCAAAAAUUAGUGCCAUUAAAUUCAACCCAUCUUAUCACCAUAACGGAACCCGUGUUGGAAUCCUUAGGCGAGCUUCAGGCGAUGUUUAAUGGCGCAGUCAACGGUACUUAUUAUAGCCUGAUAAUUGCCCCAUAAUUAUCUGGGUGAUGAAAAUUUCCUCGAUAUAACUGACAAGUGAUUGCAGCGCCUCUGCUCACUCAGAGCGGUGUACUCGGGAGUGAUAAGUAGUAACAGAAACGCCCGAUUCCUUCGUAAAUUGCCUCUUAAAUGUCAUUUUGAUCUUCGCCCCUGCUCUUCAAUUCUCGACUUGUUUUAAUCUUCAAGUACAUAAUUCUGGAUUUGGAUGUACUCAAGGUUGUAUUGAGGGAAGCCUGUCUUGCUGAGAGUGUACCUGCUCAUCAAAUUUGACGAUUGCUAGAAUUUGUAAAGUAGGCAAGUUUGACUAAAAACCAGGCAGAUGAAGAAGGGUGGAGAUAAACAAUCCCAUUCUUGGUGGUGGCAUAGUCAUAUCAGUCCAAAAGGUUCUAAAUGGCUCGAAGAAAAUUUAGAAGGGAUGGAUGCCAAUGUGAAGACAAUGUUGAAACUGAUUGAAGAAGAUGGGGAUUCCUUUGCUAAGAAGGCAGAGAUGUAUUACAAGAAAAGGCCUGAACUCAUCAGCCUCGUUGAAGAGUUUUAUACAAUGUAUCGCUCAUUAGCAGAGCGCUAUGACCACGUAACAGGUGAGCUCAAGAAAAAUGUCCCAUCUUCUGUCAAAAAGGAGUAUGGUUUAAAUGAUGAUUCGCCACCAAGUUCUCAAGAUGGAAAGAAGACUAAAAAGAAACACAGAGCAGCAAAGUUUGAUUUCUUACUUGGGUCAAGCAGCACAGAUCACUCUCAGAAAAAUGAGAACAGCGGUGAUGACUCUUCAAGCAGCAGCAGAUCAGAUACAGAAUCCAAGAAAUCGCUAGGGCCUCAUCUUGAACUGCAGAGGUUGACAGAGGAGAAUGAACGACACAGAUCUGAGUUGGAGAAAGGCCUAGAGGAGAAUGAGGUUCUUCAGCAAAAGACCAACUACUUGGAGGAAUGCAUCCUCCGGUUUAAAGAAGAGAAUGAGAUUCUAAAGAAUAAGGAAGCAGGUCACUUGGGCCAGAUGUCUAGUUUAGAUAAGCAGAUUGCCAUAUUGCAAACUCAGAAUGAUGACCUACAAUCUCAAAUUAAGUCUAUGGUUGCACGAGUUGAGGAAUCUGCAGGACAAAACAGAAUCUUACAGAAAGAAGAUGAACGAUUGACAGAAGAAUUGCAAGCACAGACCAAAGUAGUCCAAGUGCUUGAAAUGGAGAUUCAGGAUCUGCAAAGAAAACUGUAUACCUCGCAGGAAGAGAAUGCCACUUUAAAACUUGAAUUAGAGGGAUAUCAACAGAAUUAUGAAAUGGCUGAAAGUAGGCAUAGAGAUGUUGAAAAUGAUUUCUCUACUCAGAAGAGUCAAUUUGAUGCGCUACAAGCUGAGAUUGAGGAUAGUAAACACAAACUAUCAACAGCGGACGAAGAGAACAAUGCAUUGAGGGUGCAAAAUGACACUCAUAUUCAGAAUCUAAGUCAUGCAGAGGCAGAGAUCAAGCAUUUGGAAGAGGAAGUCUCAAAUCUCCAGGGUGAAAAAGAUAAAUUGACUGUGGAGGCUUUAGUUAUCAAUGCACGUGAACAAGGUUUGGAAGAAAAGGUUUCCAUGUUGCAGGAAGAGAACAACAGGCUCAGGCAACAAUUGUCAAUUAUGCAGCAAAGCAUGAAAGAUAGCCAGCAGGAAAUAUCUCGUUUGUCAUUGGAAAAAGAGGAUAUUAAAAAUGAAGCUUCUUUGCAGCUGGAACUACUGGAAAGCCAGACUAAACAGUUGCAACAGGAAUUACAGUCUAAAAAUGAUGCAGUUGAGGUCAGCAAGAAACAUGUUGAGGAACUUAAGCUAGAACUCCUCAACUCUCAGUCAGAGAUGGCCACUUUAAUGAGGGAGCAUGAUGUUGUUAAUGGAAGGUCAAAAGAUUUAGGUAAAGAACUUCUAGACAUGCAAGAAGAAAUUCAGAAACAGAAACAAGAAAAUUCCAUAAAAACCCAAAAUCUCAAUGACCUUGAACUUUUACAUUCUAGCUUGACAAAUGAGAAAGAACGGCUUGAAGCAGAUUUGUUACUGAAAGCUGACAUUUUGGGAGAUAUGAAGAGAAAAUUGAAUGAUUUGAUAGAGCAGAACCAGAUGCUGUCUAGAACACUGGAUGCUUCAGUCCAGGAGCAGAAGGAUCAAAUUCAAUCUCUUGAAAUGAAGAUGCAGGAUCUGCAGAGAAAACUGCAUACCUCACAGGAAGAGAAUGGCACUUUAAAACUGGAAUUAGAAGGAUGUCAACAGAAUUAUGGAACGGCUGAAAGUAGGCUUAGAAAAAUUGAAAGUGCAUCCUCUACUCAGAAGAGUCAAAUGGAUGUUCUACAAGUUGAGAUUGAGGAUAUUAAACACAAACUAUCAACAGCAGAUGAGGAGAACAAUGCAUUGAGGGUCCGAAAUGACAUUGGUAUUCAGAAGCUAAAUCAUGCAGAGGCAGAGAUUAAGCAUUUGGAAGAGGAAGUCUUAAAACUCCAGGGUGAAAAAGAUAAUUUGACUGUGGAGGCUCUAGAUAUCAAUGCACAUAAGCAAGGUUUGGAAGAAAAGGUUUCUAUAUUGCAGGAAGAGAACAACAGGCUCAGGCAACAACUGUCAAUAAUGCAGCAAAGCUUGAAAGAUAGCCAGCAGGUUAUAUCUUGUUUGUCGACAGAGAAAGACGAUAUUAAGAAUGAAACUUCUUUGCAGCUGGAACUACUGGAAAGCCAGACUAAACAGUUGCAACAGGAAUUACAGUCUAAAAAUGAUGCAGUUGAGGUCAGCAAGAAACAUGCCGAGGAACUUCAGCUAGAACUCCUCAACUCUCAGACAGAGAUGACCACAUUAAUGAGGGAGCAUGAUGUUGUUAAUGGAAGGUCAAAAGAUUUAGGUAAAGAACUUCUAGACAUGCAAGAAGAAAUUCAGAAACGGAAACAAGAAAAUUCUAUAAAAACUCUAAAUCUUAAUGAACUUGAAGUUUUACAUUAUAGCUUGACAAAUGAGAAAGAAAGGCUUGAAGCUGAGUUGCUACUGAAAGCUGACAUUUUGGAAGAUAGGGAGAGAAAAUUGAAUGAUUUGAUAGAGCACAACCAGAUGCUGUCUAUAAAAUUGGAUGCUUCAGCCCAGGAGCAGAAAGAUCAAAUUCACUCUCUGCAAGAAACAAUUUCGGCCCAGCUGGAUCAGAACAGAAAAAUGUCAGAACAGUUGCUACAGACUACGGAGAAGUAUAGCAUGCUUGAAAUGAGAUCGAGAGAUCUGAAUGAAGAGAAUGGACAGUUAUAUAGCAAACUGGCAAGUGCGAAAGAAGUCAUCCAAAAUUGUGAACAAGAGGUACAAAUUCUUAGAACUGAAAAGACAGCACUUGAAAGUGAGCUUAUUUCAGGCAGGGAACAAGUCCAUGUUCUAAAAUUAAAAUGCAAAUUUGACAAUGAAAAUGAAGAGGGAAUCACUGUUCAACUAGAAGAUGGAGCAGAACAGCAGAAGACUUUAGCUGAGGAAUUUGUCCACCUUCAGCAGCUUAUCCUUAGUAUGAAAGAGGAGAAUAUGCGUAUCACAGCUGAACUCCAUCAAGGAGUUGAAGACUGUCAGAAACACAAAGCAGAGCUAGAGGAGAUGCAAAAUGAGCUUAUCUCUAUAAGUUCUGAAAAUAAUUCUCUCAAACUUGAGAUAGCAAACAAAGAAAAACUUGUUGAGAAGCUUGAGAGAGACAUUGCUUACUUGCAGGCGGAAAGUUCAACAUUUAAAAAUGAAAUGUCUGAUGCAAUUGAACAAGUCCAAGUAUUGGAAAAUGAAUGCAGAGAGCUUAGAAACAAUAUACAGGAAGUUUCAGAUAAGAAUCUUAUGCUACAGACUUCUGUCCAGAAUUUGCAACAGGACAAUAGAAACUUGAAACAAGAACUUCAAAUUGCAUGCAACAAAGGUGAAGAUUUACAGGUUAGUAUUUCUCUUAUCAAUAAAGACCUCUUACAGCUACAGGAUAAAAACACCAGUUUAGAAAAAGAUGUAUCCUCGAGUGAUGAGAUUAUCAAGAGCCUGAUGGAUAGAGCUGAGAUGUUACAUAGCAAAAAUGACAACCUUGAGGCUGAGGUGAAACUUCUUAGUAAUCAAAAAGAGAAGCUUGAGGAAGAUCUUUCUUCUUUUAGGGAGCUGAAAGCUGAACUUGAAGGGCAGGUUACAUCUUGGAGUGCAAGAGCAAUGUCAUUAGAAUCUGAUGUUGUUGAGCUGCAAGAAAAUAAAUCGAGACUUGAAAAUUUAUCUGAGAAGCAGGAGAUGAAUAUGGAAAAUCUUAGAAAAGAGAUUGAGAAUGCAAAAAGUCAAAAGGCUGAAGUAUUAUCAAAUCAUCAAAGAGAUAUGGAGGAACUUGAAUUCAACAUGACUAGAAUACAUCAAUUGCAGGAAAAGCUCUCGGAACUUGAAGUUGAAAACAAUCAACUUAAAGACCUAGUCUCAGUUAAGGUUGACAUUAUCAAAAAGCUUGAGAUACGGGUGUCUUCUUUAGAACAGGAAAAUCUAACUCUCAACUCUGAUGUUGGAUCGCUGACGGAACAAAUACAAAACCUGCAACUAGUGGUCAAUGAAUUGAAAGAUUUUAAAGAGAAGACAUCACAAGCUAUUGUAAUUGAUCAUGAGCAUUCACAGAGGUUGGAACUCAUGAUUCAGGAUCUUGAAGACUUAAAUAAAAAUCUGAAACUUGAGAAAGCAACAUUAGAAGCUGAUCAUCAUGUCGUAUGUGAAGAGCUCAGAACUUGUCAAAGUAUGCUGGAAAAGCUUAAGGAAGAACACUCUCAGUUGUUAGAAGAGAAAACUAGCCUUGUUUCAAAUAUUGCAAGUAAACUGACAUGCAUAUCUAAUCUUGAAGAAGAUAUCAAUUCAUGGUCUAAUUUUGGGGCAAAACUCCAGGAAAAGCUGGAAUAUGUACAAGACGAGAAGAGAAAUGUUGAAAGUGAAUUAAUGAAAAAGAUUGGUAGGCUUGAUGCUGAUGUCCAGAUGCUAGAAGAAACAAUCAGUACCCUACAAGAGGAAAACAUAGAAUUAAGGGCAGAAUAUCAAAUUGUGGGGGAAGAAUGUCAGUCUCUACAAAGGCGAUUGAAAGAUCUAGAAGAUGUAAACAUGGCCCUUGAACAAGAAACUGCCACCCUCAAGUUGGACAUUCGGAGACUUCAGAAGGAGAAGGAUCAUCUGCAGCAGGAGGCACUUGAAAGGACACAAGACAUGAAAAAAUUGGAGGCUAUGGUGAACAGUGUAGAGGAAAACAACAAAAUGCUACAAGCAGAGGUGAAAUCGGGCACGGAAAACUUUAUGGGUUUAAAAAAACACUUAGAGGACAUGCAUCUGGAACAUGUCUCACUUAUCAGUGCUUCCAAGGAUGACGGCAGGCAAAUGGAAGAAUUGCAAAAAGAGACGAAGGCACUCAAGGAUGAAAUUGAGAGGCAAAACAUCAUAAUUUUUGACCGAGCCGAGGAGAAAAGGGAAGCUAUUCGUCAACUUUGCUUUGCAGUUGACCAUUUUAAACACAACUACAAAGAUCUUCAACGGAUCCUUUCCACCCUUGUUCAGAAUCAAAACCGAACUGCUGUCCCUCAAUCAGUUCGUUCAUCUGUGUAGUUCAUAUAUAGAUUAGGUAUUUGCACUGAUGCAAUAUUUGAUAUUUUGAAAUUCAUUUUGGACAAGCUGGGACCAUUGAAAUUCAUAAUAGCAGCUCUGCAUGGGGAAUUCUUUUUGAAAAAACAGAGACAUGUUUUGCAUCUGCACAUAGGUAGGAUUCUUUUAUAUCAGUGAACUCCCAGUAUACCAUUUUAUUUUAGUAAAAUUGGAAGGUUUUGGCUCUGGCUGCCAAUAAUGUCUUGAAUGUUGCAAGGAUAAACAAUUCCUUAGCACUCUUGUACUAAUAGUUUGUGUUGGAACUUGGCAAUGGAUGCCUAGGCACCCUGCAAUGAACUCUGAUUAUGAUUCUAUAGUUGGGCCAUAAUCUAAUAUGAAAGUUUAGUGUCUACAUAAAAAACACCAUUGGUUGAA